GUUUGAGCUGACGACAUGAGGUGCUUAGCUGUCCUAGUUUUGGUCGCGGUGGCGCGGGGCAUGCCUACCGCGGAAAAAGAAGAUCAGGGGAUCGUUGGGAGUGUUAUGGGUGUGGUUAAGGAGUGUUCCGAAGGCGAUGUGUCUUUGUGUUUGAAGGAGAAGGCAUUAAAGUAUGUGGAGACGUUGUCGUCAGCUCGGGAGUUGAGUCUGACUGAUGGAGUGACCUUGGUCGGGAACGGGUCUCCGAGGUCAGCUCGUGCCCUGGAUCCUCUGCCUGAGGAGCCUCGAGCCAGGGAAGCGCUCGUGGAGUCACGGCUGGUGGAUUCUGCUGCCGAUCUGUUGGAGAAUCAUGUCAUCCAGUUUAAGCUGCCGUCCUUCGCUGUUGAGGGCAUGAGGAGGUCGCUCGAAGAAGCUCGUGGCAAAAAGAAGAAGAUCAAGCAGCUCUUGCCUCUCCUAGCUCUCGCCAAGUUGAAGAUCACCGCUCUCAUCCCCCUGUUCCUUGCGAUCAUCGCCUUUGCAGCCACCAAAGCCCUGCUCCUCGCCAAGGUGUCCCUCCUCGUCGCCGGUAUCCUCGCCCUGAAGAAGCUUCUGGCCCACAAGCACCAUGAGACCAGCUACGAAGUCGUGGCCCACCCUCAUCAUGAUGAACAUUACGCCAGCAGCGGCCAUGGCUGGGGACGGUCCAUCGAUGACGCCCAGAACCUCGCCUACGGCGCUCACGUCAAGUCUGAUUAAACUAAGCCAUUUGACUUCCACAAGGAUCAACUCUAUGACCGCUGUUUUAUAGUCAAUAUCAUUGAGAUGCGGGCAUUUACUUUAAAGAUUAUUUAAGCAGGCUUAUUUAUUGCUAGCCUUAGUUUAUUUAUUACUAUUUAUUUGAUCCCUUUGUAAGGGAGUGUUGUUGUUUUCAUAAACGGUUGUUCUGAGUUUGUAUGGCCCUUCUUGUUAUACUAUAUUAGUAUUUAUAUCAGACCCUAUACGGUAUCCGUAUUUGUGUAUUUUGUUUUCACAAUGAUUUUUGAUACUCACUAAUACUUGUACAUAUAAUUUUAUUUUGUUCGAUUAUUUAAUUCUAGUCCUUUCUUCUAAGUCCUCAAUUUAUUUCACU